UUUGAUCUAACAGCAGUCUCUUCUCCUGAAAUGCAGAGGAAUCUUCUUGGACACCAUCCUGCCACGCUAUGAUGUCAAUGGAGUGAGACCCCCGAUUGGCCAGAGGACAAGGCUAAGCAAAGGGGAUAUCACACAGGCACGCAAACUCUACAAGUGUUCCAGUAAGAACAGCACAAUUAUUGUAAACACAUUUUGAAUGGGUUCAACAUACAUGUUGGUGUAGAGUUGAUACAUACCAUAUGGUAGAUAUUAAACAAUAGGCCUAUGAAGUUGAGUUAAUAUUGCAUAAUACCAUAAUAUAGUGCUUGCUGUUGCUUUAGCUUACCACUGGGAGUGAGAUUGUAUUCUCCUUUUUCGUGUCUGAUUAUCACUGAGAGUGAAUACUCAAAAACACUUUGUUUUCCGAGCUGUAGUUUACUGUACAUUGGAUUGAAAAAGUUGAGCAUUUACCAUUGAUGUGGCGUGGUUCCCUGGCAGUCGAGGCUGCUGAGGGGAGGACAGCUCUUAAUAAUGGCUGGAAUGGAGUUCAUGGAAUGGCAUCAAAAACAUGGUUUUCAUGGGUUUGAUUCCAUUCCAUUCACUCCAUUCCAUCCAUUUUACUCCAUUCCAGCCAUUAUUUUGACCAUUCUUCCCUCAGCAGCCUCCACUGUUCCCUGGCUAUGGUUGCGGUGACUUCCCCGGCCAGGGAAAGGAGUGUAAACAGUGCCCUAGGACAGGAAGUUUGUCAUCACUCUUUCCCAGAUAGACCCAAAAGAACAGCUGGUCUCAAGAGGACAAUGACUAGAAUGAUGGCUGGGAAUCAACACUCUGUUCUUAGGGUCCAGAGAUCAAGACAUUUACAAUGUAAACUGAACACAUAAGUGUUGGAAAGGAAAACAAACCGCCCUGGCGCUUUACUAGUAGUUUCGUUGGUCUUUAGAAAGACAAAGGUUUAAUAAGGUUUUUAAGGCUGAAGGGACAACAACUUUCACAAGUUUGAAAUAGUCAUUCAUAAAAGAAAAGUGAUGUCAGUGCGUUAAUUGUGGGUCAGACAGGGAAAACUGAGUUUGUCAGAACCACAUUAAAGCUCAGUGAAUAAACAGCAUACUGCUGACCAGAACUGGACCGCUGAAUGUGGUUUUAGUUGGGGGAAUCAUCCGUCUUGACCAUAGAUGGUUCAGAGGGGUGGGGCUGGUUGAAUGGGUGUGGGUGUCUGUGUCCUUCACAGUGAUUAACUCCCCCUCAGUGGUACAGGAGAGAGUAGAUGAUGUGGCGCACAGCGCAGCACAGGGGAUGCAGCUAGGAGGGAGUCUCUGUCAGUUUUCCUGGAAAACAGAUCCUGCGAGCAUAGUGUGGUGGAUCCUCAUUUACACAGCAUUCCUGGGAGCAUUUGACAUACCCCAGUGUGCUUGUUAAUGGUUUAAUAUCAGCAAACCUCUGCCAAGAGUUAUUAGACAGAGCUCUCGCCUCCACUCUUUAUAUGCUCACACACAGGUUUGGAGGGAGUCAAUGAACAUAAACAGUUGGGGGAGAUGUUUUUCUUACUCCCACUGGAGCAGAGAAAGGUGAAGUGAGCAGGGAAGUAAUAUCUUAGGAUUCGUGUCCUAGAGAGACAAGAAUGAUAUGCUUUCAUGCUUUUUCCUCUCCUCUGUUGAUCAGUGGGUAGAAAGCUCCCAAGGUCUGUUCAGUUCCCCUAGAGCACUGUGCCCCUAAGCCAUGCAUGCUGGUUGGAAUGAGCCCCUGUAGCACAGUUGGUUUAGCCAGUUGGCCAGGGGGAGGAUUGACUACCAGCAUGUACAUUAUGUAUUACGUCUCCCAGAGGGUUGGGUUAUUUAUAGUAAGCCAGGUUUAUUUUGAGACGAUGUGUCUCAUACUGUCUUCUGCUAUCGCUUCUCAUCAUCUGGAAGAAGUUGAAUAUCAUCACCAUCAGCAGAUGUGCCUCUGAACAUGAAAGAGUUGCCCUCCUCUUAAGAUUCAGGAUUAUACAGUGCCUUCAGAAAGUAUUCAUACCCCUUGACUUAUUCCACAUUUUGUUCUAUUACAGCCUGAAUUCAAAAUUCACCCAUCUACACACAUUACCCCAUAAUGACAAAGUGAAAACAUGUUUUUAGAAAGUUUAGCAAAUGUAUUGAAAAUGAAAUACAGAAAUAUCUAAUUUACAUAAGUAUUCACACAAAGGUGAAUUUAUCUCCCAGUGUCUGUUGGAAAUCAGACUGAACACGGUUUUCCUUUAGGAUUUUGCCUGUGCUUAGCUCUAUUCCGUUUAUUUUUAUCCUAAAAAACUCCCAAGUCCUUGCCGAUGACAAGCAUACCCAUAACAUGAUGCAGCCACCACCAUGCUUGAAAAUAUAAAGCGUGGUACUCAGUUAUGUGUUGUGUUGGAUUUGCCCCAAACAUAACGCUUUGUAUUCAGGACAUAAAGUACAUUUCUUUGCCACAUUUUUUGCAGUUUUACUUUAGUGCCUUAUUGUAAACAGGAUGCAUGUUUUGGGAUAUUUUUAUUCUGUACAGGCUUCCUUCUUUUCACUUUGUUAUUUAGGUUAGUAUUAUGGAGUAACUACAAUGUUGUUGAUCCAUCCUCAGUUUUCUCCUAUCACAGCAAUUCAACUCUUGUAAAUGUUUUAAAGUCACCAUUGGCCUCAUGGUGAAAUCCCUGAGCGGUUUCCUUCCUCUCCGGCAAUUGAGUUCGGAAGGACGGCUGUAUCUUUGUAGUGACUGGGUGUAUUGAUACACCAUCCAAAGUGUAAUUAAUAACUUCACCAUGCUCAAAGGGAUAUUCAAUGUCUGCUUUUUUUAUUUUUACCCAUCUACCAAUAGGUGCUCUUCUUUGCCAGGCAUUGGAAAACCUUCCUGGUCUUUGUGGUUGAACCUGUGUUUGAAAUUCACUGCUCGACUGAGGGACCUUACAAUUACAGUGGGGAAAAAAAGUAUUUAGUCAGCCACCAAUUGUGCAAGUUCUCCCACUUAAAAAGAUGAGAGAGGCCUGUAAUUUUCAUCAUAGGUACACGUCAACUAUGACAGACAAAUUGAGGAAAAAAAAUCCAGAAAAUCACAUUGUAGGAUUUUUAAUGAAUUUAUUUGCAAAUUAUGGUGGAAAAUAAGUAUUUGGUCACCUACAAACAAGCAAGAUUUCUGGCUCUCACAGACCUGUAACUUCUUCUUUAAGAGGCUCCUCUGUCCUCCACUCAUUACCUGUAUUAAUGGCACCUGUUUGAACUUGUUAUCAGUAUAAAAGACACCUGUCCACAACCUCAAACAGUCACACUCCAAACUCCACUAUGGCCAAGACCAAAGAGCUGUCAAAGGACACCAGAAACAAAAUUGUAGACCUGCAACAGACUGGGAAGACUGAAUCUGCAAUAGGUAAGCAGCUUGGUUUGAAGAAAUCAACUGUGGGAGCAAUUAUUAUGAAAUGGAAGACAUACAAGACCACUGAUAAUCUCCCUCGAUCUGGGGCUCCACGCAAGAUCUCACCCCGUGGGGUCAAAAUGAUCACAAGAACGGUGAGCAAAAAUCCCAGAACCACACAGGGGGACCUAGUGAAUGACCUGCAGAGAGCUGGGACCAAAGUAACAAAGCCUACCAUCAGUAACACACUACGCCGCCAGGGACUCAAAUCCUGCAGUGCCAGACGUGUCCCCCUGCUUAAGCCAGUACAUGUCCAGGCCCGUCUGAAGUUUGCUAGAGUGCAUUUGGAUGAUCCAGAAGAGGAUUGGGAGAAUGUCAAAUAUAACUUUUUGGUAAAAACUCAACUCGUCGUGUUUGGAGGACAAAGAAUGCUGAGGUGCAUCCAAAGAACACCAUACCUACUGUGAAACAUGGGGGUGGAAACAUCAUGCUUUGGGGCUGUUUUUCUGCAAAGGGUCCAGGACGACUGAUCCGUGUAAAGGAAAGAAUGAAUGGGGCCAUGUAUCGUGAGAUUUUGAGUGAAAACCUCCUUCCAUCAGCAAGGGCAUUGAAGAUGAAACGUGGCUGGGUCUUUCAGCAUGACAAUGAUCCCAAACACACUGCCCGGGCAAUGAAGGAGUGGCUUCGUAAGAAGCAUUUCAAGGUCCUGGAGUGGCCUAGCCAGUCUCCAGAUCUCCAUCCCAUAGAAAAUCUUUGGAGGGAGUUGAAAGUCUGUGUUUCCCAGCGACAGCCCCAAAACAUCACUGCUCUAGAGGAGAUCUGCAUGGAGGAAUGGGCCAAAAUACCAGCAACAGUGUGUGAAAACCUUGUGAAGACUUACAGAAAACGUUUGACCUGUGUCAUUGCCAACAAAGGGUAUAUAACAAAGUAUUGAGAAACUUUUGUUAUUGACCAAAUACUUAUUUUCCACCAUAAUUUGCAAAUAAAUUCAUAAAAAAUCCUACAAUGUCAUUUUCUGGAAAAAAAAAUCUCAUUUUGUCUGUCAUAGUUGACGUGUACCUAUGAUGAAAAUUACAGGCCUCUCUCAUCUUUGUAAGUGGGAGAACUUGCACAAUUGGUGGCUGACUAAAUACUUUUUUUCCCCACUGUAUCUGUAUGUGUGGUGUACAGAGAUGAGGUAGUCGUUAAAUUGCACACAGAGUGAGUCCAUGCAACUUAUUAUGUGACUUGCUAUGCACAUUUUUACUCCUGAACUUAUUUUGGCUUGACAUAACAGAUGGGUUGAAUACUUAUUGACUGAAGACAUUUCAGCUUUUCAUUUUUUAUUAAUUUGUAAACAUUUCUAAGAACAUAAUUCCACUUUGAUAUUAUGUGGUAUUGUGUGUAGGCCAGUGACACAAAAUCUCAAUUUAAUCAAUUUUAAAUUCAGGCUGUAACACAACAAAAUGUGGAAAAAGUCAAGGGGUGUGAAUACUUUCUGAAGGCACUUUAAUUGUUGCAUCAAGCUGCUGUCUUCUGCAGUAUCCCUUUAGUGGGACUUGGCUGCUUAAUUGCUGUUUCUCUAUGCUACUGCUGGAGUCCAUAGGUCUUAGCCCAUAUCAGUAGAGAAACUAAUUGCUAGGGUCUCAUGUUAAUGUCUGUCUGUCUGUCUGUCUGUGUCUUUCUUUCUUUCUUUCUUUCUUUCUUUCUUUCUUUCUUUCUUUCUUUCUUUCUUUCUUUCUUUCUUUCUUUCUUUCUUUCUUUCUUUCUUUCUUUCUUUCUUUCUUUCUUUCUUUCUUUCUUUCUUUCUUUCUUUCUUUCUUUCUUUCUUUCUUUCUUUCUUUCUUUCUUUCUUUCUUUCUUUCUUUCUUUCUUUCUUUCUUCUUUCUUUCUUUCUUUCUUUCUUUCUUUCUUCUUUCUUUCUUUCUUUCUUUCUUUCUUUCUUUCUUUCUUUCUUUCUUUCUUUCUUUCUUUCUGUGUGUGGAUAGGAUGUGGAGACAGUCUGCAGGAAAGCAGUGGGAACUUCUCCUCUCCUGGCUUCCCCAACGGAUACUCAGCCUAUAUGCACUGCAUCUGGAGAAUAUCGGUCACGCCAGGGGAAAAGGUGGGAGGCGUGAUGAGGCCUUGGAAAACUGAUUGAGAUAGAAACUUGGAUCAGUUUUAGGAGAAGUGCUUUGUUUAUCAUGGCUUAGUAGUGAUACCUCUGUUUUCCUUAGGAUAAUGUAAUCUUAGAUGAUGAUCUAUAUGAUCCCUUUGAGUCAGCACUAGAUUUUUGUUCUUCUCAUGUUGAAACUGUUUGGACUGUAAAAAAAAACAAUAUAUAAAAAUAUAUAUAUACACAGUGGGGAGAACAAGUAUUUGAUACACUGCUGAUUUAGCAGGUUUUCCUACUUACAAAGCAUGUAGAGGUCUGUAAUUUUUAUCAUAGGUACACUUCAACUGUGAGAGACGGAAUCUAAAACAAAAAUCCAGAAAAUCACAUUGUAUGAUUUUUAAGUAAUUAAUUUGCAUUUUAUUGCAUGACAUAAGUAUUUGGUACAUCAGAAAAGCAGAAUUUAAUAUUUGGUACAGAAACCUUUGUUUGCAAUUACAGAGAUCAUAUGUUUCCUGUAGGUCUUGACCAGGUUUGCACACACUGCAGCAGGGAUUUUGGCCCACUCCUCCAUACAGACCUUCUCCAGAUCCUUCAGGUUUCGGGGCUGUCACUGGGCAAUACGGACUUUCAGCUCCCUCCAAAGAUUUUCUAUUGGGUUCAGGUCUGGAGACUGGCUAGGCCACUCCAGGACCUUGAGAUGCUUCUUACGGAGCCACUCCUUAGUUGCCCUGGAUGUGUGUUUCGGGUUGUUGUCAUGCUGGAAGACCCAGCCACGACCCAUCUUCAAUGCUCUUACUGAGGGAAGGAGGUUGUUGGCCAAGAUCUCGCGAUACAUGGCCCCAUCCAUCCUCCCCUCAAUACGGUGCAGUCGUCCUGUUUUUUACAGACCUCGUCCUGUUUUUUACAAAAUUACAGACCUCUACAUGCUUUGUAAGUAGGAAAACCUGCAAAAUCGGCAGUGUAUCAAAUACUUUUUCUCCCCACUGUAUAUAUAUAUAUAUAUAUAUAUAUAUAUAUAUAUGUGUAUAUGUGUUUUAUUGUCACAUACACUGGAUAGUUGCAGUGAAAAGUGUUGUUUUACAGGUUCAGCCAUUGUAGUACCACACCCCUGGAGCAAAUUAGAGUUAAGUGUCUUGCUGAAGGGCACAUCGGAAGAUCUUUUUUCACCUUGUCGGCUCAGGUAUUCGAACCAGCAACCUUUCGGUUACUGGCCUAACACUAACCGCUAGGCUACCUGCUGCCCUGUACCAGGUCUGUAACCAUGCUCUCUUGGUUUUUAAGAUCAUUCUGAACUUCACCUCCAUGGAUCUGUAUAGGAGUCACCUGUGCUGGUACGACCAUGUCGAGAUCAGAGAUGGAUACUCCAGGAAAGCUCCUCUGAAAGGUCAGGAUUAUUAGAAGAAAGAUAUAGUUCCAUACAUGCACUACACUAAACUACAGUGAUGCUGAAAAUAAACUGAAUGUAAUAAGUGUAUCUGGAAAAAAAAAGUAGUUCUGAUGUCUGGAGUGUGAUAAGGUGGUCUGGUGUGUGUGUUCCAGGUCGUUUCUGUGGGGAUAAGCUGCCUGAACCAAUCAUCUCCACUGACAGCCGGUUGUGGAUCGAGUUCCGCAGCAGCAGUAACUGGGUGGGGAAGGGCUUCUCCGCUGUGUAUGAAGGUAAGGCCAGAGCUGGAGCCCAAUCCCCAGCAGCCCCAUAACAACACAGCUCAGCUGACUCACUGGGCACCUGGGUCACAGACUGAACAACGUGCCUAAAAGCAGCUCAGUGAUUCUGUCAAAUCCCCAAGUCUGGCUGCCUCCAUGCUAAUGUGUCCAGCAUGUUAUUCUGCAUUAAUCUGAUUUUCGUCCGAGUUGAUAUUCAGCUCAACAUUGUAUCCAGACUGUAGAGCAUGAUGUAUUUAAUAUAGGAACCAUUUUUAAUAAUCAACAUUAUGAAAUCCAUGAAACAAAACACAAUACUCCUUGAGAGAAAUGUGGUAAUGAUGAUGAUAGAGAACGAUGACAUCACAGCAUGUUCUCUGCCAUUCAGCCAUCUGUGGAGGAGAGGUGAAGAAGGAUAAUGGACAGAUCCAGUCUCCUAACUACCCAGAUGACUAUCGGCCCAACAAGGUGUGCAUAUGGAAGAUCAGUGUGUCUCAGGGAUACCAUGUCGGCCUGACCUUCCAGUCCUUUGAGGUAAGAGAUACAGGCCUCUUUUUGUUCUUUUCAUACCCUCCACAUCCAGUAGCAAAUUUUUACAUACUGCUACACAGACUGCGAAUCAUACAAUGACAUUGGGGGUCUCAAUUUUUUAAAUGGGAUUGAUUUUUUAAAAAUAAUUAUGUGGCAUGAUGUUUUUCAUCUGAUUGUCAAACAAAUCAGUUCACAAUUUAGGCCACCUGCACACAUUGUUCCACUCCAAAAUUAUUCCAGCAUCCAAACAGUGCACCGUGCACCAGCCGAUUGAUGAAGGGAAAGAGACAUCUGUUGCAAAAUACCCCAAUUGUCAUUAGGCCCACUCUUGUAGCCUGAAUUAAUUGAUGCGUCUUGCAGACAAAUUGACAUUUUUUGUAAAAAGAAAAGUCGGGACACCUGAAAAGGGGCUGAAAUACGGGACGCAAAUACAGCUGUGUCUGUCCCGAGCUCAUCGGCAAGGGAAACUGUGAGGGCCCAGUUGAAACAAUGUUGCAAGUUCGCUAGCGAUAGCUCAAGACAGACAGAGAGCGAGGCAGAGUAAAGAGAUUAAUGUGAUUGAAAGAACUUGAACCAACUGUCACCGGUUUAAACCAUGACAGAGAGAUUGGGGUGUUCGUUUGAUUUGGAAUAAGCUUUUAAUUUAAUAUUUACCACUAUAGCAGUACACAAUUGCAUUUUAAACAAAUAGGAGAAUGGUUAAAUUAGCCCCCCCCCCCCCCCCCCAAAGUUUGACUUUUGUUACAUUUACGGGAGCUCAAGUCUCAUUCAGGCCCCCCCCCCCCCCCCCCCCCCCCGUCUAAUUGGCAAACUGCCGCUACAUCCAUAUCCUCUGCAACCUUUGUGCAUGAAAAUUACUUAGAAGUUCUACUAACCUUGUCCCUUUGUCUCCUCUUUUCCUUAGAUUGAGAGGCAUGACAGCUGUGCCUAUGACUACCUGGAGGUGAGGGAUGGGAACUCAGACAACAGCCCACUGCUGGGACGCUUCUGUGGCUACGACAAGCCAGAUGACAUCAAGACCAGUUCCAACCAGCUGUGGAUGAAGUUUGUGUCUGAUGGCUCUGUCAACAAGGCUGGCUUCGCAGCCAACUUUUUCAAAGGUCAGAUCUCAAGGGUUGUGCACUAUAGAAAAGAACACCCAAAAAGUCAUUGCUGAUGGCAUAUGCCCUCGUUGUAGAAAUUACCAGUGUGAUUUUCAUAGUAACGAUUCUCUGAGCAGCAUGUCAUGUUGAGUAAUUUGAGAAUAAUUCCGUCAUGAUUUCAGGAUAGUUAAAUUGCAGCAUUCAUCAUUUGUGACUUGUAGCCUGCUGAGUUGUGAGGCCAUGUAAAGGUAACAUGUUGUUGUGGUUGUAGAGAUGGACGAGUGCUCCAAGCCCGACAAUGGUCGCUGUGAGCAACGCUGUGUCAACACACUAGGCAGCUACAAGUGUGCCUGUGACCCGGGCUACGAGCUGGCUGCCGACAAGCGCAGCUGUGAGGGUGAGUACAGCAGAAUGCUGCCCAGAGCCUGCUCAAUCAUGCCUUCUCUACUGCAGGUCACACUGUAAUGCAGUUCAGUGCUGUUCUUUAAUCACUAGCACCCAAAUACACAAAGUCCAGUUGCCCCACAUACAGUAGCUAGAAAAAAUACCUCCAGAGAUUUAUGUCAUUGGAUUGUCAUUUGGAUUUCACCCAAUGGGGUUGUAAUUUGAUGCACCCACCCAACCAAAAUUCAACCCAACAUCACAGGUAAUCAGAGCCCAAAGCAAGUGUUAAAAGCAUCCUAAUUAGAUAUUCACCUGUAAAUUAAAACCAGACAGAAGUGCUGAUGCAGUGUUUUAUAGUUUUACCUUUUCAUUGCUCUUUUUUUUACCAAACCUGACCACUGUCUGCCUCUGGAGGAGGAGGCCUGCUAUUACAUGUUCCUCACAUUGAAUAAUUAUCCAGUUUAACCCUUUUGGAUUACAUACAUUUCUGCAUGUUUACGUUUUUGGUGAAAAUAAAGCAGGGUGUCUGUUAUAACAUUAUCCUCAAUGGUUUAAUAAUACCCAGCUUAACCUUUUUGGAUGACAUGCAUUGUGUUUUUAAUCUUUUUGGGGAUAAAACCCUACCACACUUUGCAUUAAUACGACAGAACAUGAUAUUGCGUAACUGUCAAGCCUGUCUGAGACCAUCAGCGAUAGGUUGCUAUGAUAACAGCAGGUCAGCCAAUUGUGAGUGUUGACCUUUAUUGAACGAUAUGGGGCAUGAAAAUUAUUCCAUUCUGCUACUACAGAUAGAUGUUUUGCACAAAUUGUCAGUGAUACACCAUUUUAUCAUUAUAACCAUAUGAAGUUUAAGCACAUCUUAACCAUUGUCCUGGUCUUCUCUCCUCUGUCUGUCUGUCUGUCUGUCUGUCUGUCUGUCUGUCUGUCUGUUUGUCUGUCUGUGUAGCUGCCUGUGGAGGUUUCAUCACCAAGCUGAACGGCUCCAUCACCAGCCCAGGCUGGCCCAGAGAGUACCCCCCCAACAAGAACUGUAUCUGGCAGCUGGUGGCGCCCACACAGUACCGAAUCACCCUGCUUUUUGACGUCUUUGAGACGGAGGGCAAUGACGUGAGCACCGGGGUUGUUAUGACUGAGCUUGGUUGGGUUUGUUCUAUCCCCAUGGGCCUUAGUGGUGUCAUCAUGAAGCUGUCCUCCUGUCUGUCUGUCAUAGAGCACAGACUGUUGUCCUUAUAUUGUACUUUGUAAUAUAUUCCUGUGCAUCGUAUUUGUGUACAAAUUGUAAUUACAUUCCCUUAAUGUUUCAUGCUAUAAUGACCUGCUGUUCCUCUGUCCAGGUGUGUAAAUAUGACUAUGUGGAGGUCCGCAGUGGGCUUUCAGCAGACUCAAGGCUACAUGGGAAGUUCUGUGGAGCAGAGAAACCUGAGGCCAUCACCUCUCAGUACAACAACAUGCGCAUUGAGUUUAAGUCAGACAACACAGUCUCCAAGAAGGGAUUCAAAGCUCAGUUCUUCUCAGGUGAGCCUUUGACACUGGUGUGUGUCUUUACCUUCAAGAGUCUGUUUCAGUGGUGGUCAGUGCCGUUUCACAUGAGGGAGAACAAUUUUUUUUCUCAUGAGCAUGGCCUUAUUUCUAUUACAGCAUAUUGGAUGACUGUCAUUCAUAUUCCAUUCACCAGGUUAAAUGUAACAGCGAUAGGUUUAGGUUAGUACAUGAUACUCACAUUUUCCCUAUACCCAUCAUGAGGUUGCUACAACCUAGCCUAUGAAUAAAAGUUUACAACGUAGGUGCACACAGGUCGAGAGACAAAUUUGAUGUGACAGAAAGUGACACAUGGACAGACAGUGACAUUCAAUAUAUUAGUAAAACCAAAAGCUUACCUUGACUUGGAAGAGUUCCAGUGUUGUGUUGGAUAGUCAUAGCCAGCUAGCUAACAUAGCAUCCCUCUGUUUGAGCAGGGUGUUUCAGUAGGUUAAACUAGCUAGCUGCAUUUGCUAGCUAAGUAAGUGAAACUGAAAGUGAAACAAAAUGACAAUCUCUCUCUCUAUUUCUCUUUUGCUUCUCCUUCAUUUAGGAAUAAAUGAAUUUGUUCAAAACUGUUCAACUAUUUUCUUUCACUCUCUUUGAGUCAACUACUCACCACAUUUUAUGCACUGCGGUGCUAGCUAGCUGUAGCUUAUGCUUUCAGUACUAGAUUAAUUAUCUGAUCCUCUGAUUGGGUGGACAACAUGUCAGUUCAUGCUGCAAGAGCUCUGAUAGGUUGGAGGACGUCCUCCGGAAGUUGUCAUAAUUACUGUGUAAGUCUAUGGAAGGGGGUGAGAACCAUGAGCCUCCUAGGUUUUGUAUUGAAUUCAAUGUACUCAGGAGGACGGAAGCUAGCUGUCCUCCGGCUACACCAUGGUGCUACCCUACAGAGUGCUGUUGAGGCUACUGUAGACCAUCUUUGCAAAAUAGUGUGUUUUAAUCAAUUAUUUGGUGACGUGAUUAUAUUUAGUAUAGUUUUAUCUAAAAAAUGAUAACUUUUAAAAUGUUUUUAUGAAAUUCACUGAGGAGGAUGGUCAUCCCCUUCCUCCUCUGAGUAGCCUCCAAUGGUCUGUUUCUGUGUGUAUGAGUGAAGGUUCAUCAAUUUGACCCCACAAGUGUGCUUGAGUGCUGAUGGCAGGGUGGUUGUGUGGGAGAUAUGCUCACCAAGGUAGUGUCCCUCUAUGUCCACAGACAAAGACGAGUGCUCGAAGGAGAACGGAGGUUGCCAGCAUGAGUGUGUCAAUACCUUCGGGAGCUACAGCUGUCAGUGCCGCAGUGGCUUUGUGCUGCAUGAGAAUAAACACGACUGCAAAGAAGGUACCAAUUGGCCACCUGCACAUUUAUUUUAUGUGGGUUGGAGCUUAAGGGGAUGACUUCCUAUUGCAAUGAGUGGGGGGGAACGAGUACACACUCCCAUGUGCCAAGAACAACAGCCCCUGAGUGGGGUUUGAACAUUAUCCUGUGUGGAGCAGUGAUGAUACAGGGGAGGGAUGUUGACUUUGUGGAUGUGUUUUUGCAGCCGGCUGUGAUCACAUUGUGAACAGUGUGACUGGCACCAUCACAAGCCCCAAUUGGCCAGAUAAAUACCCCAGCAAGAAGGCAUGCACCUGGGCGCUCUCCACCACUGCAGGCCAUCGCAUCAAAAUUGUAUGUGUCCCCCUCCAACUCUCUAACAUACAGAUUGCAUGUGUGUGGGUAUAGGUAUGCAUGUGUUUGCGGGAAGGGGGGUUUGAAUGAACUGUGGAAAUCAUUGAGGACUUUACACUGUACUGUACUGAGCACCACAGCCUCUGCUGAGUGUUGACAGUGUGAUUGAAACAAUCCCCUAGCCAUGAAUGGCUCCCGCUUCUGUCACAAUAAUACAGUUUGUCUUCAUCCAUGGCAUGCUGUACAAAUCUCAGCUUUUUGAAUAUCAUUUAGUUAACUGGGCUUAGCCAAUGAAAAGUGAUUGCAUGUGUCUUUGUCUAUGCUCUUCGUUCCAAUGGGUUUCUAAAGGUUAUUCCGCUAAUAGGGAACCAUUGCAUUUCAUACUCUAGCUCUUGUAAAACAGGCUGUAUACCUGCGAUCCUCUUUCCCUAUUUCAUCUCAUUCUCUCCCCUCAUGCUUUGUCUCAGGACUUCAAUGAGAUCGACAUGGAGGCCCAUCUGGAGUGCGCCUACGACCACAUCGAGAUCUACGACGGGCGCGACGGCAAAGCCCCCAGUCUGGGUCGCUUCUGUGGCACCAAGAAGCCUCCUCCCAUCAUGUCCAGCGCCAACAAGAUGUUUAUCCGCUUCUUCUCUGAUAACUCUGUACAGAAGAAGGGCUUUGAGGCCUCCCACACAGCAGGUACAUUACUGCCAACACAACUUAGACUCUAGCCCACUGUAUGGCUAGACUUAUUGCACUGGCUUCUCCUCAAUGGUUAUUGGUUAGUUCCUUCUGAAUGAUAUCUAUGUUUUUAUUUAUUUAUUAUUAUCUCCAGAGUGUGGAGGUCGUCUGAAGGCUGAGGUCAAGACCAAAGACCUGUACUCCCAUGCUCAGUUUGGGGACAAUAACUACCCCGGUGCGUCUGACUGCCAGUGGGUGAUUGCGGCUGAGAAAGGCUACGGGGUGGAGCUCAUCUUCCAGACCUUUGAGAUUGAGGAGGAGGCUGACUGUGGCUACGACUACAUGGAGCUCUUUGAUGGUGUCGAUACCAAGUCCCCAAGGCUUGGACGCUACUGUGGCUCUGGGGUAAACUCCCUGAUAACCUCAUCUAUUGAAGGACUUUUUCUGCCCAACAUUAUUUCUAGCACCAGCGAUGUACUUUCAUAAUAUCGGUAUUCUCUCUUUCAGGUCUAGCUUUAUUGAACCACUGCAGCUGUGUUAAAACAACACUUUCAGAGACUGUGUAAAAUUAGCUCUGCAGUUGAAUAAUAACCUUUCACACUGCGUGUCUGUGUUUGAGCGUUAAAGAAUGGACCCAGGGUUUUGAAGAUUUCCACUCCGCUCUCCGGCUUUUUGUUAAAGUUGAUGUGUUCCACCGGGUUGGAGUAUAUUGCUUCAGUAGCAGCUGAGCUUGAUAAGAGCAGGCCCUGGCUGGCUUGUGAAAGGCUAUCAUGGUCUCCAGCAUUGAGCUGUAACUGAGAGCUAAUCAGCCGACGAUGAGGCUGAGGCUACAGUGGGUGGGGGGGAGCUGAAACAAUGAGGCCACUGGGGAGUUGAAACGUUAAAUCCAUAGGUCAGGGAACAGCUUGAUUUCAUUUAACACACAUCAGUAAUAAGCCUGUGUCUCUACUCUACUGAUGCCUGGUACUGUAAAUCAGUGCUAGCAGGAGCUGGAGGGCACAUAAUGCUCACAGUACCAAAGGGGCUGCUUCCUCCAUCAAGCCCUUUUUAGACAUGUUGGACUAAUCUGGAAACUGAGACUGUAUUUUUAUUGGAGAAUAAGUGGCAGUUGUUCACUCCAACAGCCCUCCCCUCCCUUACCCUACAGCCCCCUCAGUCUGGAUCUAGGAGAUAUCAUUUAGUUUUAAUUGAAGUGCAGUCAGAGUGCCAGAAGGCGACAGCGGUUAACUAAAUCUGUGUUUUCUCCUCCGAUCCCCUAGCCUCCCGAGGAGAUCUACUCUGCCGGCGACUCCAUUGUAAUCAAGUUCCGCUCUGAUGACACCAUCAACAAGAAGGGCUUCCACGUGCGGUACACCAGCACCAAGUUUCAGGACACAUUACACUCGCGCAAGUGACCAGCGGGGGCCGGAAAGGGCCGGGUGGGGCAGAGGGGCAAACGGAGGGGCCCCCAGGGGAGGCGCCAGCCUGACACUCGGAAACCUUCGGCCACCAAGAUCAUUCAGAAACGACAGAACAGCCGGAAGACCACCAACCGCACCUCAGCUCCAAGGGGCUCCAGCUCCCUACAGACUGUGAGGAGUAAAGCCAUUCUGCAGUAGACCUUGUUUUUACCUUUUUCUAUGGUUAUGAUUGGGGUGGGUGGGUGGGUGGGUGGAUAUCCGGUUAGGUGGAUUCAGGGGGAGAGUUUUCUACCCCCAGGUUUUUUUGUUGUUCUUUUUUUAUUUUUAUUUUUUAAGCCUCCUAAUGAGAGAGAAAUGAACAACAGUGGAUUCUCAGGACCUGUAGGAAGGCAAGCAUCAGCCGGACAGAUCCCUGCUUUUGUCAGGCCAGCCCUCCACACCAGGGGGGAAGGAGGUGAGGAGAGAAGAGGAGGGGGAGGAGACUGGAGGAAGUUCCAGAGGGAUUCGCCAACCUCAACCUUCCGGCCACACUCCUCUGGAAUACUAGAGCUCCUCUCCUCCUCACAUUCCCAUCCCUAUUGUUCAAGAAUUCCAGUCAAUAAGAGGAUUAGAGGGAUGCCCUUGACUUGAGGUUUUGAUAUUGCAUGUAAUUACAAGGAGAGAUAAGGAAACUGUACAGUGACAACACCAGCAUUUGUAAUUGGCAUUGUCCUGGCAACCAGUGCAGGAUUCUCACUAUUACCAUUAACAAGGAAAUUAAGGAAGCAGUUAUCUUAUUAAAGGACUAAUAAAUGAAAUGUGGCCCAUGUCUUCUGGUUGGUAAUUGCUGGCCCAUUGAGGGGCUAUUGCUGUACCUCUCUGUGUAAUUGUAAUGUGUAUGAUUAUUCAAAGGGACAUGACAAGCUUUCCUCAACUCAAAUCGUCAGUAAGCACUUUACAGUGAAUUGUUCAAAAAUCAUGAACUAACGAUUUUUUGUAAAAUGCCAUGCAAGUUCACUUAUUUUUUAUGCAUUUUAUCACUUUUAUUCCGUUAUUUUAUUUUCAUUGCUCCAUUUUGUUUCUCAGGCGUGCUUGAGAGCAGUAUGUACCCUGUAACAUGGGGUAAUAAAGAUAUGGGUUCUGUUUCAGUGUUCAUGUACAGUUUUAAUGUGCAGCAUUUUCUCUCCCUAGACUAAAACUCUCCAAUCUCCGGGGGCAGGCCAGAGCCCUUUAUUGUGAUAGGCUCUGGUGCAGGCAAGUCGGAGUAGUCAUUGUCAUAGCAACACCUUCACAAUAUAUUCAUCUGUUUAUGGUGGGGCACUGCAGAAUUCCAUGUAUUAUGAAUGUUUUGGUAUUGUGCAGUGAGAGUGUUAAUUACUGUUAUCCCACUCUCUUUUCGGGUUAUUUUUAAUUUGACUGAAAAUGCCAGCUGUCACUUAACGUCUUUGCCUCUAUAACCAAUCAAUGCAGAUGUUCAGCAUGGUUGAAUUUGUAAGAACCAAUGGAUGUGCUUGUGCUAACAAAGUAAGUGCUGUGUGUGUGUGUGUGUGUAUGCUGUCAUUUGCUCCUGUCUCUUUUUACCCUGUGCUGGUUAGGUGAGAGCCCUUGGCACUGUAGAGACAGAGAAUGCUUCCACAGGACUGAUUAUUUUCUAAUAGCCUGAAGCAUAUUGGUCUGAGACUGCCAAGCUCCACAAAACAAUGAAGACCAAGAAUUUUCAGUUAUUCAAUCACACAACACCCGCCCCCCAAAAAGGCAAAAACAUUUCAUCUUUAUAAUGAUUUCCUAUGUUUAGUUUGAGUUUCAGGCUAAUGAUGACCUGUGGACAUAUCCAGUGACCUCUAACAAAUGGUUCAGCCACCAUUUUGCUCUGUACAAUACUGCCUUAUUAUUCAUAUCGCAUGAGUGAUAAUGGUAUCAAGCAAUCAUCCUCAGGGUGGCACCAAACAGUGUGAAUUCACACUAGCUGUGCUCACUGGAAACCAAAUCUGUACAGCUAAGAGUAAAAAAUAGCAUAGCUUGUCUUUGUGCAUUUUAAAAUGUGAUAAUUUGAAUAGAAUUUCUGUAUUUUUCUUGCUCGGCAGGAAGGACAUGGUUUUGUACAGUAUAAUUAAAAAAAGAAUUAUUCU